AUGGGACGGUCACAGCAGCAGCAGCAGCAGCAGCAGCAGCAGCAGACGGCUGGUGGAGAGGACGAACAGCAGCAGCACGAUGUGCCAGAUGAUGAAGACGAGGAGGAUGAAGAGGAAGAGGUGAUGCAAGAAGGCCGCGAGCAAGAGUUUGAGUUCAAGGAGUUUAUUCAGAGGUUCAUGUCUCCGAAGAUUCUGGAGCCGUACUGCUGGCUGCUGCGUCAUUUCGACACGAACACGCCGGCUGCCAACCACUGCGUGCUGAGGAUGCUGCACAGGGUGGCCUGGGACCACAAGAUGCCCGCCAUGCUCUUCCAGAUCAGCCUAUUCAGGACGUUCCAGCGGCUGAUGGACGAUCCGCGUCACUACAAGAACCCGGCCUUCAAGGACAUUGUCAAAUUGGCCAAGUAUGUGCUGUCCAAGUUCUUCCAGAUGGCUGCCACCAACAAGAUGAUCUUCAUGGAGAUGCUGUUCUGGAAGACCCCUCGCGAGGUGUAUGAGCUGGAGCAUGGAUACGACUCCUACAAAGAGACGUCCAAGGCGACCAAGCUGGCCUGGUCUGAAGAGGAGGAGAUGGAACUGCAGCGAGUCUAUGAGGACCUCAAGGAAAUGGAUCCCGACCCGGAGCGGGACCUGGUGGACCGUAUCCUGGACGCGCUCAUCUGCCGCGAGCGCAGCCGCCGGAUGGUCAUCAAGAAGCUGAAGCAGCUGGGUCUGGUGACGGACACGCGGCAGCUGUCGGGCGCCGGCCGCGGCCGCGGCGUCAGGAAGCCACCGCCGCAGUGGUCCGAACAGGAAACGGCCAACCUCGUGGAGCUCUGGCACAAAAACAAGGAAGGCGUCGCGCCGGUGAACCUGAUCUGGGACCAGCUGACUGUGAGACGGCCCAAGUACAUGAUCAAGGAGAAACUGAAGGAACUGGGACUGAUGAAGUCGCGGCGGCGGAGGCGCACGAACCCGGGCACCGGCGGCGCGGACGCUGGCCGUGCGGACGAUGACGACCUGCUGGACACGGCCUCCUCCUCCUCUGACGAGGAGGACUCGGGCCGCCCGAGUGGCCGCUCUGGCGGGGGCGGCGGCGGGGGCGGCCCGUCGCGGCGCCCGUCGGCCCCCCGCCGCCGCCGGCCGGCCGAGCGGAGACCCGCCGUGCGCCAGGUGUCGGCCGGACAGGUGGCGGCGGCCGUCCGCGACUACAGACAGUUCGCUGGCGAGGAGACGGCCGCCGAGGUGCUCUCCUGGCUGCAGGAGGCGCUCCAGGAUCUGGAGGAACUGCGUCGCGAGGACCCCGAGGAGGCGGUGCCGCUGGUCCCCCUCUCUGAGCCCAGUGCCAUGGCGCUGGAGUCGGAGACCGGACAGAAACUGGUGUCGCUGCUGGGCGCCCAGAAACCCGCCGAGGGGGAGAUGUUCUGGCGGUGGCCGUCGGAGGCGGGUACCGACUUCCUGCUGAGGAACGCCGCUGUUCUGUCCGACUGUCUGACAGGGAACGGGCCGCCACCGGACGACGAGGUCGGUGGCUCGGGUAAGGAGAACGUGGCACCGGAGGAGGACGGUGAGCGGCCGGACCCCGGCUCAGAUUCCUCGGAGGACGAGGGGCCGCCGAGGACGGCCUCCAACAAGAGGAUCCGCCUGGUGUCGUCUGAUGAGGACAGCGGGGACGAGCCCGGCUCCGCUCCACAGCGCUCUCCGGGCGGUUCGCCCGGCCGGGCCUCGCCGUCCGCCGGCGGCUCUGUCUCACAGCCGCGGCGCCGUCUGAUGGCCUCAGACUCCGAGGACGAGCCGCCCCCGACUGGGGCUGACGGAACUCCGAGCACGCAGAGGAGCCGGGUUGGCCGGCUGGCUUCUGACUCAGAGGACGGCGGGCCGGCUCAGGGCUCCGCAGCGCGGUCUCCGUCCCAGCCCGCCUCGGGAAGGACACCGUCCACCCAGCGCAGCCGCGUCUCUCGAGUCGCGUCCGAUUCGGAGGACGACGCUCCAUCCCAGGCCACGUCGGCCUCAGGCAGGUCAGCAUCUCAAGCCACGUCGGCGUCAGGCAAGUCUGCUUCUCAGGUCACAUCGAGGAGCACCCGGCGCAGUCCUUCCACGCAGCGGAGUCGCUCCUCGCGCUCGUCCUCCUCUUCCUCCGACUCUGACGCGGAGUCGUCCCAGGCCACCUCUCGACAGAGCUCGUCUCGGGCGGCGUCCAGUCGGGCGACGUCACCGUCGACGCAGCGGAGUCGCGCCUCUCGAGUCGCCUCAGACUCUGAAGAUGAGGUGAAGACUGCCGGCUCCGCUGGCGGCGGUGGGGAGCGUGGAGACGCUGAAGAGACCCAACAGAAGAGGAUGCUGUCCUCGGACGAGGAAGGAUCCGACGUCGAGUCUAACAAACGGGCGAGCGGUGCGAAGAAGGCGCGUAGGGUGAUUGACAGCGACAGCGACUGAACGGGGCGUGUCCCGUAGACAUGGGUGAAUGCGUGCCACCUGAACACGGAGAGAUAGUGCGCGCCUUUCGCCGUCCCUCCGCUGUGGAUGGACCAUGCUCGACCAAGAGGAGCGUUCAUAGUGAUCCGUUUGAGAUGUGCGGCUCGGCGCCGCCGUGAUCACCCGGAGAUGACCGCCAGGCGGGGGGGGGGGACGCGGCGGUCAGAACCAAUCAGCGCCGGAUCAGCCGGCCCGCGGCCGGCCACCUGAGCACCGGAACCCUAACGGAAGCCGGUCAGCGACUGCGUAAAGGAUGCUGGCCGUAUUGCGCGUCUAAAUGACCUUAUGCGCCCGAUAGGAGGUAAGUUUGGAAUUUGGAGGGGCCAUUUCAGCGUGGUGUUUGGUAUGCUACGGAUUUUACAUGGAUGUAAUUGCCUUAUAAUAAAGCAGAGAAUGUGCAAA